UAUAACAAUAUGGGAAGGCCUCACAGUAAUUUUCUCUUUCCAAUAAACCCCGCGUUACACCAACUACCCAGCAACAUAAACCUAAGUUAUCAAGAAGGUCACCGGAAAAACAUACAGACGACGGAGAACUGCCAAUAUUAAACAUUAAUGGCAACCCACCCCGGCGGAUACCACCAACCCGCAACUUUAGAAGAAGUCAGAACCCUAUGGAUUGGUGAUUUACAAUAUUGGGCCGACGAAAAUUACCUCAGCUCUUGCUUCUCUCACACUGGCGAGGUGAUUUCAAUUAAAAUAAUUAGGAACAAGAUAACUGGCCAACCCGAAGGUUACGGGUUUGUGGAGUUUGUUUCUCAUCCAGCAGCAGAAAGGAUUUUACAGGCAUAUAAUGGGGCACAAAUGCCUGGAACUGACCAGACAUUUAGGCUCAAUUGGGCGUCUUUCGGUAUUGGCGAAAGACGUCCAGAUGGUGGACCUGAACAUUCUAUUUUUGUUGGGGAUUUAGCUCCAGAUGUUACUGAUUAUCUAUUGCAAGAGACGUUUAGGGUUAAUUAUCCAUCUGUUAGAGGUGCCAAGGUUGUCACUGAUCCGAAUACUGGACGUUCUAAGGGAUACGGGUUUGUGAAAUUUGGCGAUGAGAAUGAAAGGAAUCGCGCUAUGUCUGAAAUGAACGGUGUUUAUUGCUCGACGCGGCCAAUGCGGAUUAGUGCAGCAACACCUAAGAAGACUACUGCUUAUCCACAACAAUAUGCCACAGCCACUCCAAAAGCCGUAUAUCCUGCUCCAGCGUACACUGCACCUGUCCAAGUGGUUCCAGUUGAUAAUGAUAUCACUAAUACGACUAUUUUUGUUGGUAACUUGGAUCCUAAUAUCACUGAGGAGGAACUCAGGCCAAUUUUUCUGCAUUUUGGAGAGAUUGUCUAUGUCAAGAUUCCAAUGGGAAGAGGAUGUGGUUUUGUACAAUUUGCAACGAGGGCUUCUGCUGAAGAAGCCAUACAAAGGAUGCAGGGGCAUGUGAUUGGUCAACAACCGGUGCGCGUAUCAUGGGGCAGGAAACAGGAUGCAACUGGUAGUUAUGGUCAGCAAGUAGAUCCAUGGAGUGCAUAUUAUGGUUAUGGACAAGGUUACGAUGCUUAUGCGUAUGGGACAACGCAAGAUCCAUCAUUAUAUGCAUAUGGUGCAUAUGCUGGUUAUCCACAGUAUCCUCAACAGGUAGACGGUGUUCAGGAUAUCACCGGCGCCAUUCCAGUUGUAGAACAAAGAGAGGAACUUUAUGAUCCCCUAGCUGCUCCCGAUGUUGACAAGUUAAAUGCUGCUUACCUUACUAUUCAUGGAAAUGCCAUAUUGGGGCGGCCCUUAUGGAUGAAAACAUCAUCAUUUCCGCAACAAGCAUAGGCAUUACAACGUUUUCUUUAAUUCAUUAUGGUGCUUGUUUGGUUGUCUUAUCUCUGCAGCAUACUCGAGAAGUGUCCUUAUAUACAGGAAAUCGCCACCGAAGGGAAACGAACUUGCUUAGGAUCUGUUUAUUUGGCCCCCCUGUGCAGGAUGUAGCAUAAAUUUUUAGUUUAUUUUGUUAUCAUCUAUCGGGUUAGUUUAUUUUGUUAUCAUCUAUCGGGUUAGUUUAUUUUGUUACCAUCUAUAUGUGGUGACAUAAUUUUGUUAUGAAAAAAAUUUACUAUUCGUCUCAGAAUAUCCAUUGAUACAUAAUUGUGCUUUGUCCGACUGCUAAACGGUUUCAGGAUAUGUUGUAGUAUGAACAUGAACACACCCAUGACAAAUUUAAAGUUUCCUUCAGACUUA